GAAACGAGAUAGAAGGAAAAGUCGACAUAAGCAGGAAGCAAUUAAUCUUAUAGUUAAUAUCAGUGGCGAUAAAUAUAUUUGUGGUUUCUCGUGAAGAAAACUUCAGGGCAGAACAAGAAAAAAAAAGUAUUUAAAAUAUAGCAUUUUCCUGAAUAUAAGUCACAGAAGAUUACGAAAUUGGCUAAGGUAUGGUAUCCACCACAAUGUCCUCAAGGACGGCGAUUUUAUGGGCCCUCGUUAUGAUUAUGACUUUGUGCUGCACGGUACGGGCUGCUCCUGAGGCCUUGAGCCUCACAGAAAGGGCAAUGCAGCAGGACCUUAAACAGAAGGAUAAUAUUGUAGCGAUCCUCGAGCUUCUACAACUCUACAGAAAGGAAUUCCAACAGCUGCAGGAGGAUGAAGAUGACCCCAACAGACAAGAAAGCAGAGCGUUUCCUGUACCCGAAGCCUACCAGAAUCUACCAAUUCCUAUGGCAGUCCAAACAAAAUUCUUCAGAAACCACGAUACAGCCGCAAGGGAUGAAACUAAAAGAGGGAGUUAUCAACCACCACUUUGCUACUUCAAAAUCUGUAGUAUGGGUCGCAAGCGAAAUCCUCACUGAACUACUGAACUCUGCAGAAAAAUUUGCAAAUGAAAAUUACUACCUUAUAUUUCUCACUCUUCAAAAAUUCCAAAAUAAUUAUAAUACGAAAAAUGUCAGCACCCUUCUCUUUGUUUUAAACAUUUUCAGGCAUUCAGUCUCUUCUAAAGAAUAGCUGAUAAAAAUUGAAGUUUUUAUUUAAGAUUACUUAAAGUGAGUACUAUUUCCAUUUACUAGUAAGAAUGCCUGAAUGUUGGAGAAAGAUAUUCCAUUCUGUGACAUGUGUCCAUAUUGUUAAAAAAUACUGUUCUUAAGGAAAUGAAAAUGUUCCCAUAAUAAGAUAAUACAUGUUCUGGACAAUGUCCUUAGAUAUAGAUUAGUGUCAUAGAGAAACUGUAUUAAUAUUUCAAGGAAAAAAAUCACAAGUUCCAAACUGAGUAUUUAUCUUUAAAAUUUUAGUGCAUAAUUUUAGUUUCCCCCAAAUCCCACUUCCAUUUCCAGAAAGGCCUUCAUCACGUGAUUACUUGUCAAACUUUACUAAAAUAUCACAGACUUGUGAAUGAAAAACCAAUCAAAAGAAAUCUGGCAUACACUGCACAUGAAUCAGGUUAUCCCAGACACAAGAUAUCUCACUCUCUGUAUGUCUCUAGUCAGUCAAAUAUAAAAAUCAGACUUGAGAACUAAACUGCCACAUUCCAUAUAAUUACUUUCACUUUGCUAUUCAGUUUCAGUCUUCAAAUCUUACCUACAGAAGAAACAUAAAUUUCUUAUUCCUUGUUAGUUAUUAGCUGUCUUACAUGCAACUUCAAUUUUAAAACCUUUGAAAGUUUUAAACUUCAAAAUCAUUUCUACAUCAUUGGUGUAUGCACACUACAUGUUUCGACCAACACUGGUCAUCUUCAGAUGUCUCUAAAAUCGCUGAUGAAACUGCUGUGCUUAACCACCACCACGGGAUGCAUGAGCAUAUAGACAUGGACAUACCCCAAAAACUGAACUUACAAACAGAAGCACAACAGUUUCAUCAGCAAUUUUAGAGACAUCUGAAGAUGACCAAUGUUGGUCAAAACAUGUAGUGUAUACACACCAGUGAUACAGAAGAUAUUUUAACGUUCAAAACUUCGUUAAGUUUUUAAAAGGGCAAGUUGCAUGUAAGAAGGCUAAUAACAAACAGGAAUAAUUAUACGGGAUGUGCAGCAGGAUGCUACGAUACAAAUUUAUGGUAUUUACGUAAGCACUUCUCCUAUGAAGGCAAUUAUUCAGAGGGGCUAAUCAUGGCUCAGUUAGGGCAUUUAGUGCAACUUUCAAUACUGAACAUAAUCUGAACUGCCCACACCGAGCUUGAUCUAUCAAAAAUGUUUGAAGCAAGGACAGAGUCA